AUGUCUUUCUACUCAUACAGCCUGAGUAAGCCCAUAUUCAGGAGCAGAGUACAGAACAUCGUCUCUCCAGAAAGGCUAUUGUACAAGCAGCCCAGUGUCUUGGUGGGUCGUACUGAUGUGGUGGCAGUCACCCCAUGGUUGGCACCCAUCGUCUGGGAAGGAACCUUUGACCCUAACCUCGUCGACAUAAUCUACAAGUCCAUGAACCUCACCAUAGCAACAACAGUGUUUGCCGUUGGAAAGUAUAUGGUCUUCAACCACUUCAAUGAAAGGCAAAACAUGGUUUGGUUUGACACUUCCAAAAUACAUAUCCCAGUUGAUGAGGACCAGAGGAACACCAGCCUGAGCCCAUAUUCAGGAGCAGAGUACAGAACAUCGUCUCUCCGGAAAGGGGUGGAUGCUGCCUCGGGGGUGGUGAACACUACAGAGGAGGAGGUGGAAGGGGUGGACUCCCAGUCACCAUGCCCAGCCGGGUGGCAUCAGAAUGAGCAUCGCUGCUUCUCCUUCUACCCCGUCUGGGCCACCUGGGCCACUGCAGAGUCGUACUGCUCCCAGCACAGAGGGAACCUGGUGUCGGUUCACAGCCCUGGUCAACAGAUGUUUGUCCAGGAUCUGGUCAGGAGACACACAUACCAGCCGGUCUGGAUAGGAGGCUAUGACGCAGCUCAGGUAAACUGGGAGGGGAUGUGGCUGUGGAGUGACGGCUCAGCUGUUGACAGUUUUUACUGGGAGGAGGAUGAGCCCAGUAACUCUGGACAGGGGGAGAACUGUAUGGAGCUACACACAGGAGGUGGGCAGGGCUGGAAUGACGUGUCCUGUGGAGAGCUGAGGUUCUAUGUGUGUUCUAUGGAGACAAGAUCUGGUUUAGCAGCAUUACCAAGUCAGAAGAAAGCACACGAGAGAGAGCUGGUUGAAGAGGUGAGUAUUUAUGACGUCCUGUGGGAGACCAGUGAGAGAGUAGCAGAUGAGACCCUCGACACCGCCUUCCUCAGAGGGAUGUAUUCCAGACGUCUGCCUGCCCACUGCUAUGCUGACUUCUGCCACCAGGAGCUGCUAUACCUGGACAGAGUCAUCACCAUGCUGCAGGUGCUGAUCAGAACAGUCCAGGGUCCUCCAGACAUCAUGCAGUUUCUCCAGAGAACACAUCAACGCUACCAGGAGUCUCUGAAGGAGGCCCAGAACCAAACUCCACCACACCUGAACCUGUCCUCCAUCCAGCCCUCUGCAGCCGUGCGUCAGUACCUCCAGAGCUUCCAUGACAUUGUGAAUGAGGAGCCCAUCUACUGGCUGGUGUCUCUGCUGCCCAGAGCCCUGCUAAGACCUUACCUGGCAAAGAACCUGCCCCUGGGAGAGAGGACCAGACCAGGCCCCAGGCCCUGCCUCUACCCCUGGCUAAGCCUCUUCCCCUGCCCCUGCUACCAGUGGGGGGGAGAGGACAUGAAGUCAGACCAGAGGAACCAGAAAGACAAGUCAGGGGCAUAUUACAGGCUUCUACUGGAGAAGUACCAGGAUGUGAUAGAUGUCUUUAAGGCUGUCAACAUCUUCAGAGUCCAGAUGAUCAACGAGAAGGCUCUCUUCACCUCCAGUUGGUUUCCCACUGGUGACGAGGAGGAAGUGGAGGAUCAACCCAACCUGUGGUCUGUGGAGUCUGGACCUGACGUUAGUGUGAAGCUGUAGCAGUGCAGCUGUAUAAUACAGGGAGCUGUGUGUGUUUGGCUGUGUGUGUUGGUUUUCACACUGGGCAGGACUGUUCCUCUUGUCAGACAUAUUCCAAUAUUCCACUUUUAUGUUUGAAACUUCUCCCCAACAACUACUGUUUAAACUGUAUUAAUGCAAUAACAGAAUGUAUGUACACUUUAAUAAUUGUCAACAAAGGAGCUACAAUAAAAUAAAAAACUAUUUAGGUAAUAAAUUCAUAGAAUGAAACAGCG